UGUUGAUGCAAUCAAGAACAUAGCCGUAUGCUAUGUGAUUUUAAACACUAAUAUCAAAAGAACCGACACGAAGUAUCGCCAGUGGGUAUAGUCGACAAUUUCAAAAAUAUCUCAAAAUGUUAGAUGGCUCUACUUUGUAUAGAGGUUAUGUGGACAAUUCAUUCUCAUAAUUUUGUGACGUAACAUUUGAAGUCCUCUAUAGAACGACAAAGAAAUCAUUUACAAUGGCAUCUUCUAACAGCGGUGGUGUAACUGUAGUUACACUUGGUGGCCGUAUGGCCAGAGAAAGAGAACGUUUAAUUGGCAUGACAGAUGAAGAACGUGCAUAUAGAGCAAAAUUUCUCAAAAGUCUGGAACUAGCACCAGAGGAACCAAUAAUACCCAAAAAUUUUAAUAAAGAAUAUUAUAAUCCUUUAAGAAGAUUAUACAUGGCACCUUUAAAUAAAUUUGAAAGUGCAAUAACUCCUAUGGUGGGUGAUUGUGCUGCAUAUGCUAUACGUACUUUAUUAGGAAGGUCUAUAAUUGGUAUUUUUGUGAUUUAUGGUGGAUGGUAUUACUACAGAUAUAAUACAGCAACCUGGAUGCGUCAAUCUGGUUGGAGAGUAAUGAGAGACCGUGAGACUGUAUUCCCAGGAACUCCAGAAUUUCCCAAGAUUACGGGACCAAAGAAACCUAAUGAAUAUGCUACAUUUGGCUUUGAAAAGUCUCCCAUAUAGACAUUGUGAGAAUUAACUUUAGAAAUAGUCAUAAAUAUAAUAGAAUAAUUCAAUAUAUAUAGUGAUUAAUAACUCUUAUUUUAUAAUUUAUCAUUUGAA